CGGCUGGCCCUGCCGGCGGGCGGUGGGGCCGCGCCCCGCCCCGCGCCCACAGCAGCCCGGAGCAGCCGAGCGGCGCCGGACCAGCCCGGCCGAACCGGAGCGAGUGGCGCUGGCGGAGCCGAUCCGGGCAGCGGGGAGCGGCGGGCAGCGCCAUGGGGCUGCUGGAGCGGCUGCGGAAGGAGUGGUUCAUCCUCGGCAUCGUGCUGGUCAUCGCCGUGGCGCGGCUGGAGCCCGGCGUCGGCGUCAAAGGCGGACCCUUGAAACCAGAAAUUACCAUAACUUACAUUGCCGUUUCAGCUAUAUUCUUUAACAGUGGACUCUCCUUAAAAACCGAGGAGCUGACAAGUGCUUUGAUGCAUGUGAAACUACACCUUUUUGUCCAGAUUUUUACACUUGUGUUCUUCCCAACAGCAAUAUGGGUCUUUCUUCAGCUAUUAUCAAUCACACCUAUAAAUGAAUGGCUUUUAAAAGGCUUGCAGACAGUGGGCUGCAUGCCGCCUCCUGUGUCUUCUGCUGUAAUUUUAACCAAAGCUGUUGGUGGAAAUGAGGCAGCUGCUAUAUUUAAUUCUGCUUUUGGAAGUUUUUUGGGCAUUGUUAUAACUCCACUUCUACUUUUGCUUUUUCUUGGAUCAUCCUCCUCUGUGCCUUUUACAUCCAUAUUCUCGCAGCUGUUUAUGACUGUUGUAGUCCCUCUUAUUAUUGGACAGAUUGUCCGAAGAUACAUCAAGGACUGGCUUGAAAGGAAGAAGCCUCCAUUUGGUGCUAUCAGCAGCUGUGUGCUCCUGAUGAUCAUCUACACAACAUUCUGUGAUACUUUCGCCAAUCCAAAUAUCGACCUGGAUAAAUUUAGCUUGAUUAUAAUCGUGUUCAUAAUAUUUUCUGUUCAGAUGAGCUUCAUGUUUUUGACUUUCCUCUUCUCCACAAGGAAUAACUCUACUUUCACACCAGCAGACACAGUGGCUAUCAUUUUCUGUUCCACACACAAAUCCCUCACCCUGGGGAUUCCCAUGCUGAAGAUAGUAUUUGCGGGUUAUGAGCACCUGUCCUUAAUUUCCGUCCCUUUGCUCAUCUAUCAUCCUGCUCAGAUCCUUCUUGGCAGUCUGUUGGUACCAACGAUAAAAUCCUGGAUGGUUUCUAGGCAAAAGGUACGAAUUGCUGGAUUUGAUUUAUAAUGGCACUGAAGUUAACCAGGCAGCCCAAAGCACCCGUGAAGGUAUAAUUGUGGAGAUGGCCUGUGUCACAGUGAAUGUAUAUAUGUACUAUACUGUACACACGGACAAUUGACACAAGUGGGUUUUGUGAAUGUUGCUUCAGUGCAUAUUUUAUUUUUAUAUAUAUAUAUAUAUAUUAAAAGAUACCUGUUAAGUGCCUUACAGAUGCAUUUUUGGCAAAAGGAUUGUUUUCAGAAGCCACUUUGUUGGUUACUGCAAGAGGUUGUACAGUAUUUUGGAGUCCUUUAGUUUAUUUUUCUAACUGAGUGAAUGGUCAUGACUGACAGCUGGUUCUUCCGUUGCCCUUGCUUUGAAGCCAGGGUGUACCAGCUGCAAGUCACUGUUCUAAACUAGCUAAAAUGACCAGAAGCCUAUCCCACUGCUGGCUUACCCUGGGGAAGAGCUUUCUGAAGGUUUUUUCUGAGAUUGACUUGAAUUUCUGUGUGACUCUGUUACACUCCCUAGUCAUAUGACUGUGACAUGCCUUUUUCUUCUGAGUUUGUGUAUACUCAGCAUGGGGCCAUCCAAUGGAUAGAAGCUGAAAAGCAUGAAUUAUUUGCAUUUGUUGACACAGUUGUCUAGACAUUCCUUCAAAGUUAAUGGUUUCCCAAGAAAAUUCUUUCAAUUCCAUUGUAUGAUAUUGUGCCAUUGUAUAUCUUAAAUGCCUCAUAAGCUUCUUCAAAGAAAUGGUCUGGUGCUUGGGUUAUGAGUGAAGUAUUUGUGUUUGCAGCUAGGAGAUCUUUUUACAAUUUACCCUUGAAGAACACAAAUUUUUGUUUUUCUUUCUUUUCUUUUCCUUCCCCCUGUGCAAUGCACGGAAACCUGCACAGAGAAUUUAGGAUGCUAAUAUUGAAACAGAGCCUUUAUUGUAGUAAGCCAAGCUACGUUUUCUCUAUUGCUGCCUUGGUAAUGAAUAGUAACAGAAACACUAUCUUAGCUUGUUUGACAAUCAGUCACAACUUUUUAAAAAAUAAUAUUACUCUUUCUAAUAAACUUAUGUAAAAAAAGAAUACAAAAUACUAUUUCUAAGCAUUGAAGAGAAAGGAAUGCGGGCAUAUAUUUAAACAUGCAGCCAGCACUGCAUCUUGUCUGGGAGAUGAAGAUUUCAGAAACAUGCUCUAGUCCAGACCAGGGGGUGUGCCCAUCUGCAAAAACUGUGCUGGCAAUUGUGCAUUAAAAUAUUGAGUAAGGAAAGAAAUAGGUCAGUGUGGGAUCAAUAUAAAUGCAGAGCUUCCAUGUGUGUCAUGGUUAACAUUGCAGCUAAAGGUGCAGCUGAGUGCAAACACCUCGGAGCAAGUCUUCAGCAAAUGUGAAUUAUUGGAGCUCUAAUAAGGCUAAAAGCCUUUACACAAACUGAAGAUCUUUUUGUGUGACCAUAGGCAUGUGAAAUUCAUAUCCUUUUGCCUUAGUGAAAAUAAAAUGUGCUUGGUUUACCUAGUCUGUUAGUUCCAGCCCUGUGAACAACAGGAAAAAAGUAAUCUGGUACCAAUCCUCGGUGCUUUACCUGAUGGCCACUUCCUGCUGCCAUCUGUAUGAGAAACUACGGGGAGCUGACAGCAUCAUCCUGUUCAGUACUGGCAUCACCAAUAAAAGGAUCAUGGGGCAAAGGUACAGGAGGUGGCACAUGCUGAAUUCUUUCCUUCCGUGGAGGGCAGUCAAGCUCUCCCCGCUGAGCAGGCAAGAGGGCUGAGGGACACUGUCCACUGCUCGUGUCCCCAGGGCUCUGCUCUCCUCCUACUGGGCAGUGGGCAGUGAGCUCACAGUUUGAUCAGUGCAUCCCCAGAUAGCACAGGCAGAUCCAUCAACAGGCCAGCCUGUGAGGAACUGGAGAGUUCUUGGGCCAAAUUCAAAUUUCCGCUUCCUUACACAUUCUAGGUAGUAACUGGUUCCAUGUGGGAAAAAAAUCCUCUGGGCUUAAAAGCCCUGCUUGCAGCAGGGGACUGCUUCCAAACUCAGGACAGUUUCUUUUUGUUCUGCUUCCAUAAACCUGAAUUUCCAGCGUAUAUAAAGAGUUAAUCCCAAUCCCACUGAAAUUGAUGACUCUUUCUGUUGGUUUUGAAUGGCAAGACAACAGGCCCAAAAGGAGUGUUCCCUUUUUAAAGUACACGGGAAGAGUUCAAGCAGACAGUAGCUGACUGUGGGUUGUGUCAAUGCUAAAUAGUCAGAACACUGCAAGUACCCUUACUGAGCUACCUCUGUGUACUGAAUCUCUGCCUUUCAGUACUUCCAACAACUAGCUUAGAUUCCAUUGAAAACAUCCUUUGUUUUUUGGGGUUUUUUUUUCCCACAUUUAAGAAUAUUCCAAACUGUUUUACCAUGUAGUUUUGUUAGAGUCUUUACAAAGUCCUUGUUGAUUGCUUUGGGGCAGCUUAAAUAUCAUGUAUGAGUGUUGGAGGUGUUGGUCUAAAGGGAAUAUCAAGCUAAACUGAAAUACAUAUUUUAAAUCCAUACUUAAUGAAACUUAAUUGUGUACAUCAAUUCUGUUAUGUUUGAAGACUGUUAAGAUGUUUGUUUUAUGACUUUUUCUAUGUCUUUAAUAAACACAGUGGGUUUGAGUUCAA